AUGGCAACGCAAGCAGAGCCCUCGCACGAGCCUCCAGCUGCAGAUUAUAACAAUAGGCUCUCGAGUCUGUGGAAGAGGAUUAUAGGCCGGAAUAGCGUGCCUGCAUCUUCGGCAAGCUCACCUCACGAUGCUCAGGAAUCGGCCUCACAGCCUCUACCAGGCGCAGGUCUGCUACGACGGGCCUCGAGGAAGGUUGUUCCUGGUCUCCCUCGUGCAAAGACCUUCAAACGACAACAGUCAGAGGUCCGGGAGAAGCUUGAGGCAACCAAGCCUUCACAGGCGGAACGGAGGGCAGUGUCUGUGGAUAGACGGGGCCAUCAUCCUCUCCGAAAUGCUCAUUCGGGACAACAUCUUCCUCGCGCCAGUGCGCCCGACUUCCUGGAUGACACCUACUCAACGACAACUGCCGGCAACAAUGCUUCAGUACCCCAAAGCCGCGUCGAGGAGAAGCAGUUCCUUAACGUUCCCAGCGUUAGCACGGUCAAUGUAGAGCCUCUUCCGGAAGAAGCCCCGAGGGAGGCAAUUGUACCGUCGUUAGCACCGUCAGCUGUCGAUGCACAGUCCAUCAGAACGUCUCUAUACGACGCACAAAUCCACGAAGAGCUGGAACGCAAAUGGAUCCUCAACCUUUCUAUGCACUUCAGAGACAGGUCGAAAAGAGAGAAGUUCUUCGUAACAUAUAGAGAGAAAGAGCACUUAUGGCGGCGGGUCACUAUAUCUCUGGACUACCGAAAUGCCCCAGACGAGUCUCUAGAGAGAGAGCUGUCCGAAAUCAAAUUUCAGCGGGAGAAGAGCGCCAAGAUCUACGAGGCCAUCCGGGAAAGCCUUCAGGACAUCCAGUUUUACGAAUCAGUCACGAACCUCAAGCUACAGACCACGGACGGCAGAUUGCACGUUCACGUCGUGGAAGAUGUCAAUGAGAUCAUCCAUUUCCCCACUGUCAGAAUGGUUCAGCAUUUGAAAUGUCGACGCAUUCGAGAGAGUGAUAUUGAGUUUGACUCUCACAUGUCUGGCUUUGUGUAUAAAGUUAAGGUUGACGGUCGGACGCUCAUCAAGAAGGAGAUCCCCGGGCCCGAUACGGUAGACGAGUUUCUCUAUGAAGUCAACGCGCUCAAUUCCCUAAGGUUCUCCUCGAAUGUAAUUGGCUUCCAUGGAGUCGUAGUGGACGACGAAGACCAAAAAGUCAAGGGCCUUCUCAUCGACUACGCGGAGCAAGGCGCCCUCAUCGAGAUAAUUUAUGACUCGCAGGAACAUGGACUCGACCUCCCCUGGGCCACGAGGGAGAAGUGGGCACGGCAGAUUGUUCAAGGCCUGUCGGACAUUCACGAAGCCGGCUUUGUGCAAGGCGACUUUACGCUUUCCAACAUUGUGAUUGAUGACGAAUACAACGCAAAGAUAAUAGACAUCAACAGACGAGGCUGCCCAGUGGGCUGGGAGCCGCCGGAGGCAACUCCGCUUAUCGACAGCAACCAACGAAUUUCUAUGUACAUAGGUGUCAAGUCGGAUCUAUACCAGCUGGGCAUGGUAUUGUGGGCACUGGCAACACUCGAGGAUGAACCGGAAGCCCACCGUAGGCCGCUGCACCUGGACCCAGAGAUUGAGGUACCGACAUGGUACCGCAGGAUAGUGGAAAACUGCUUGAGCGAAAACCCCCGCGUUCGGAUGCAAGCCACGGCUCUUCUGCCUUUCUUCCCAGAGACUGCAUAUGACGAUGACUACGACCAAGGAGACCCCCCUUCAAUCUCUGUUGACGACGGUUACUCGGUACAGCAGUAUUUGGUGGACGGUUACGAACGAAACGGACGUCCGGUUAUCAGAACGGUGACUCCUCAGAGCGACGUCUACUACUCUGGCAUUGGCUGUAGUUCUGGGUUGACCUCGCCUGGCCUGUCAGAUGAUGCUUAUUAUUAUCCUCCUCGUGGACGAUCCCCACCCAGUCCCUUGCCAAGUAAUGUCGAUGACUGCGAUACGCCAUUCUUUGAUCGCAACGUGGUCUGGUCAGAUCAUCCUUCUGGGCCGCCAUCAGCCAGCGAUGUUGGGCCUAACGAUGCUGAGUCCGGAACGCCCACGGAUACCGAGACCGCUGUGUCUCGUUACUUGGCUUCGAAAACGCAAACCAGCCUACAGACUCAGGAGACAGCUUUCCAAGAUCAGUCACCUGGCCCGGUCAUCUCGACCUCCAAAGAAAGCCAGUGCACUGAUGUUGCCGAGACCGACAAGGCUGCUAGAGCACGCGAGAUCUUGGCCCCCGAGAUUCCCGAGCCCUUACUCUUGGAUGGCCCGAACGAGUUGGAAUCCAGCAAGCGUUCAAUUAUUGGGCCUGCAGCAUCCGAUUACAUAGACUCAGAAGUGGCAGAUGCCGAGCCCGAGGCCCAGCCGAUGCUUGAUACGACAGGGAAAACAGAACCUGCUCCCGAGCUCGGCAAGGGUAAGGAUACACCUGGGACGGCUUCUGCUGAGACUUCUACUCUUCACCAACCCCAAGACCAAGGUGAUGACGACAGCUCUGGUCCUCACUACACCCACAUCGGCAAGGACGCCAUAUACACACCCGCACCCCCAGAACAAUCAAGCUCUACACAGCAGCCGGAGGCGCCUACAGGAGUCGCGCACGAGAUGACUGGCGAGCUGACAGGCAUCGGGAUGGCCUAUGGCGAAGAAGAUGAUAUUCGACAACCCAUGUGUUCAGACGAGGAUUUGGGUCUUGCAACAACAGCCCCACAGAACGUGACUUCGCAAGCGUGA